CGCCCCUCCCCUCGCAGAGUAUUGCUCUGACGUGAUGACGUCACGCGCGGCACGUCGGGUUCUUUGGGAGAAUUCGCGGCGAUGGCGACGACGGCUCGGUGCUGGUAGAAAAGGGACGCAGUGAAGCUGGCCUCGGCUCGGAUAUGACUAAUGCGUGUUUUGAUCCAGGUUUAUUCGCUGCUCAGUAAUUGCACCGGCUUCGGGUGAACUACCUCACUUCUCACCCCGUCCUUUCCCAGUCGAUUUCCAUGUCUUACUUGUGAGAGAUUCCAAACAGGAUCAUCAGGACUACUCAUCGUCAGUUACUGAUUGUCUGUGACUGGUCUGGGCAGGAAUUCCUUGUUGGGUGACCCGCACUCCUUCACAGGGGCCAUGGAGGAGGAGGGGCAGCAGAGCUUGGAGUGCAUCCAGGCCAAUCAGAUCUUCCCCAAGAAGUCCCCCGUUCUGGAGGAAGAAAACAUGCAGGUGCCCUUUCCUGAGCUGCAUGGGGAGUUCACAGAGUAUGUGGGGCGAGCAGAGGAUGCCAUCAUCGCGAUGUCUAACUACCGCCUACACAUCAAGUUCAAAGAGUCCGUUGUCAACGUUCCUCUUCAGCUCAUAGAGAACGUGGAGUGUCGGGAUAUGUUCCAGCUUCAUGUCACCUGUAAGGACAGUAAAGUCGUCAGGUGUCAGUUCUCCACCUUUGAGCAGUGUCAGGAGUGGUUGAAACGCCUGAACGUCGUAGUGCGCCCUCCCUCUCGCCUGGAGGACCUGUUCUCCUUCGCCUUCCACGCCUGGUGCAUGGAGGUGUACGCUGGCGAGAAGGAGCAGCACGGCGAGCUCUGCAGACCAGGCGAACACGUGACUUCUUGGUUCAAGAACGAGGUGGAGAGGAUGGGCUUUGACACACAAAACGCCUGGAGGAUAUCUGACAUCAACAGCAAGUUUAGGCUGUGCCCCAGCUAUCCUCAGCAGCUCCUGGUUCCAGCCUGGAUCACUGACAAGGAGCUGGAGAAUGUGGCAGCCUUCCGCUCCUGGAAGAGGUUUCCUUCUGUGGUUUAUAGGCACCAGACCACUGGAGCUGUGAUCGCCCGCUGCGGUCAGCCAGAGGUCAGCUGGUGGGGCUGGAGGAACGCUGAUGACGAGCACCUGGUCCAGUCCAUCGCCAAGGCCUGCGCCGUGGACGGUAGCUCCCGCAAACACCUCUCCAACGGGGGCUACUCCAACGGCACGGUCCUGCCCGACACCGACUUUGAAUCCUCCAUGACCCACAGCUCAGAGGUGGAGACUUUGGCCACCCAGCCCCACAAGUUACUGAUCCUGGACGCCCGGUCCUAUGCUGCUGCCGUAGCUAACAGGGCCAAAGGUGGAGGCUGUGAAUGCCCAGAGUACUAUCCCAACUGUGAGGUGGUGUUUAUGGGAAUGGCCAACAUCCACUCCAUCCGCAAGAGUUUCCAGUCUCUGCGUUUCCUCUGCACUCAGAUGCCUGAUCCAGCCAACUGGCUUUCUGCACUGGAGAGCACCAAGUGGCUGCAGCACCUGUCGCUGCUGCUGAAGGCGGCGCUGCUGGUGGUCAACGCUGUGGACAGAGACCACAGGCCCGUUCUGGUGCACUGCUCUGACGGCUGGGACCGCACACCUCAGAUCGUUGCUUUGUCCAAGCUGCUGCUGGACCCUUACUACCGCACUAUUGAGGGCUUCCAGGUUUUGGUGGAGACUGAUUGGCUUGACUUUGGCCACAAGUUCGCCGACCGCUGCGGCCACGGAGAAAACUCUGAGGACGUGAACGAGCGCUGCCCGGUCUUCCUGCAGUGGCUGGACUGUGUUCACCAGCUGCAGAGGCAGUUCCCAUGCUCCUUUGAGUUUAACGAGGCCUUCCUGGUGAAACUGGUGCAGCACACCUACUCCUGUCUGUUCGGCACCUUCCUGUGUAACAGCGGCAAGGAGAGGGAGGACCGCCACGUUCAGGAGCGGACCUGCUCCACCUGGUCCCUGCUGAGACCGGCCAACCGCCCGCUGAGGAACAUGCUGUACUCCUCCCACUCCGAGACAGUUCUCCACCCAGUGUGUCACGUACGCAACCUGAUGCUGUGGACGGCGGUCUACCUCCCCAGCUCCUCCCCCACCACCCCCUCAGAUGACUCGUGCGCCCCGUAUCCUGUGCCUGGUGGCAACCCUGAGGACGCGCCCCUGGGCAGACGCACGAAGACGCGCUCGUUCGACAACUUGCCCAGUGCAUGUGAGCUGGGAAGCUCUCUGGCUCCCAACCGCCGCUCCAGUGACCCGAGCCUCAAUGAGAAGUGGCAAGACCACCGGCGCUCUCUGGAGCUCAACAUGGCAGUGGGGCCCGAUGGAGGGGCAAACCCGGAUCAGGAGGCGCGGCCUAACGGAGUGGGGCCUCACCCAGACGGAGUGGACUCUGAGCUGGAAGACAGCCCGCAGCCCCGGGGCCCGAACGCUGAGAUCCGACAGGAAGCCUCUGUGAGCGCAGCAGCAACAGGAGAGGAGGCAGAGGAGGCGGAGCUCUCUGUGGCGGUGGGCGUGGCGGAGAGCCAAAUGGAGAACAUACUUCAGGAGGCCACUAAGGAGGAGGCGGGAGCAGAUGUUCAGAGAGAGAGAAGUGCUGCUGUCACACAUGUCCCUGACACCGUUGACACUGAGUCAGAGAAAGAAGCAAAGGUUGAAGAGGAUGAUCAGUGCGCUGAGGUCAACGGGGCCGAGAUGCAGAGAGAAGCUCUUGCUAACGGUCACCAUCCAGUAAAUGGCGUGAUGGAGGCUGAGGAGGAUGACGUGUCUCCCCUUCUGCCCACACAGAUGGCUGAGGAGCUAAAUCAACAGGCAGCUGAGGUGACUCAGUCACCAGAGGGUCUGGAGAAGCAGGAUGUAGAGGACUCCUCGGUACAGGAGGAGCUUGCACAUGGACCCAGUGAGUCCGGCUCAGAUGAGCCUGCAGCCCAAAGAACUAUAACUAACGGCUUUGUGGACAGGUCACCUGAAGAGCCAGAUGUGGAUGAGGAGACCUGCCCUGACUCUGAAUCUGACCACGGAGUCUCAGAGCCUGUGGAGCUGCUGGAUAAGAGGCCCUCGCUGAUGGAGAGCUCCACAGAGACUUUAACUGAAGAGGCCGGCAUCCGGACGGAGCUACCAGCACCGCCACCUGUUUGUCCGACCCGUCAGCCCUGCAGUGACGGCAGGAACCAAGCGCCCUGCUCCAGGAAGGAGAAAGGACUGGAGGCGGGCGAGCACGGCUUUAUCAGAACUUUAAACGGGGGCAGCAAGCGGCCCUCUGUCUGUGCCUUUCAGUCUGUGAACGCUGACCUCAGCAGGGACGGGCUCUGUAACGGCGACAGCUCCGACGCGGAGCCCUGCGGCGGACAUCACUGGGCCAAAGGGAACGGCGAGAGGGUUCCUCUGAGUCGACAGGUGUCCCUAGCGAGCUGCAACUCCCUCAUCCUCCACCCGCGGGGAAGCUGCUCCCACCACCGCUGGUGCCACGCCCUGCUGGGCCGGGCCGCCAUCAGCCCGGAACAGCCGUCCCGCAACCAUCUGGACGACGACGGGCUGACCCUGCACACAGACGUCAUCCAGCAGAGGCUGAGGCAGAUCGAGGCGGGACACCAGAUGGAGGUGGAGACUCUGAAGAAGCAGGUGCAGGAACUGUGGAGCCGCCUGGAGAAACAGCAGCACGCCGGCUCCCACAGGAUCAACGGAGACAUGGGAGACGAAGUGACCUCAAUGACGGACUCUGAGUACAACCUGGACCACAACUGUUUGUCGCGCUGCAGCACAGAGCUUUUCUCCGAGGCGAGCUGGGAGCAGGUGGACAAGCAGGACAGCGAGGUGACCCGCUGGUACCCAGACCAUUUGGCCGCCCAGUGUUACGGCUGUGAGAGCAGGUUCUGGCUCGCCGCCAGGAAGCAUCACUGCAGUGGCAGGGAGCCUGUCCAGGAGGUCUGGAACUGCGGUAACGUCUUCUGUGCCAGCUGUUGCGACCAGAAGAUCCCGGUGCCAAGCCAGCAGCUGUUCGAGCCCAGCCGCGUCUGCAAGACCUGCUACGGCAGCCUGAAGCUCAGCCCGGCUCCCCUGGACCUGGAGCUGGAGAAACCCAUCGCCGCCAGCUCCGACUGAGUUCCAGAGCUGCGGGACGGGGCGAGCAGCCGGCCGCACAGGAGCUACACAGAAUGUCCCAUGUACUUUGUGUGUGUGCGUGUGCGUGUGCGUGUGCGUGUGUGCGUGUGCGUGUGUGUGUGUGUGUGUGUGUGUGUGUGUGCCGCAGAUAUGGAAUUUAAUGUGUAUAUACGGAGGAUGACGGCGGCGGCGGAGGAGCUGAAUGAAGUGUUGGUGAGAUGCCGAGAGCUCUGAAAGGUGGCUGUGCACAGGGGUGGUGUGUGUGUGUGUGUGCGUGUGUGUGUGUGUGUGUGCUUGUGUGUGUGUGUGUGAGAGUGUGUGUGAGAGUAAAUGCACAUUAGCCACACGGAUGGUCUGUGGCGGUGACGGGACAGCACUCCGAGGACAGAGGAGUGAGGAUGGACGUCCUGGUGCCUUGGACCAGGCAGGCAGAGGAGGUCGUCUCACUGUGUGGCUGAGGUCUCUUGGAGGACUUGGGUCCAUUGAAUCAUUUACCCGCUUCUCCACAGACUCUAACGUACCAUCAUCUCAAAGCUCGGACUACUUCUUUACUUUGGAGGACGUUCGAUCAGUAGAGACGUGGAAAAUCUCCCGGCAAUCAUGAGACUGUCCCUCGGCUUUAGAAACGGAUAGCUGGUGUUCACAAAUGUUGUUUAGGCAAAGCUUUAAAGGGUCAGUUCACUCUAAUUUGCAAAACCAUGUUAUCUCUAGUGGUAUCUGAACAUGAAUUCAAUUUUCAUUUUAGAACGUUUUGAGAUCUCAAUUCUGAGAUUUAUGCUGCCAAGAUCAUUGGACCAAUUAAUCAAUUCAUAUUUUUAUUCUCUGUUAUAUAUCACAAAAGUUAAAUAAAUUACUGAAAUAUGGCCAUUAUAAUGUCUAAGACCCCAAGGCCACAUAUUCAUAUAUCUUGUGUAGUUCAACUUGCAGUCCAAAAGCAAAAGAUAUUCAGUUUAAUAACAACAGCAUUUGUUCUUACAUUUGAGAACCUGAAACCAAAGGGUGUUUUGUGCAAUUUGACUAUUCAAUUAUUGAAAUGACUUAAUUGUUUUGUCUCAGAGUGCAGAAAAGGACGAAAGCAGCAGGUUUAGUAUUGAACUCACAUUCAGUUGAGUGAGGCCGAUAAAUCGAGACCUUUAGUCCCUCGUGUGGUUCACGCUCCAAUAAUGCAUCUCAGUAGUGUCUUUAAACUAUUCCCUUCCUACCUUGUUACCACCAACUUGUUUAAACUUCACAGGCUUUCUGUUUUUGGUCUCACAUCCUUGGAAAGAUGACCCUGAUGAGAUCACAAUGACAUCAUCAGGGUUAUUUUUAAAGACUUUAUUAAGACCCUCCUUAGCCACGGAAGACAUUAUACAACUGUUUUCACAGUCGGAGUAGUUCGCCUCAUAUGAGUGAACUGAUUUUUAUGUAAAAAAAAAAAAAUUCGAUGGUGCUCCUUUCCAAUAUUUAACAGCUGUUUCCUGAAACCGUAAUAAUAAUAAUACAAUUUUGUAAUUUUGGUGAACUGACCCUUUAAAUAUGAUCUGGGCUCAAUCUCAACUUAGAUAUUUGCAGCUGUCUGCAUACGUUUUUGAGUUUGUGUUAACGUGUUGAGAUUCAGUGCAGAGGCGGGAUGUUAAGGAUUUUUUUUCUUUUUCUUAAAGUACUUUACUUCUUUUGAAUACUUAUCACAGUGAGGAGAUUUUAUUCUAAACAGAAUCACUCAUGUGAGUCUUUAAACAGGACUAGUUAGUGAUCUGUAGAAAAGGCUUUAAAACAUCUGACCCUUUAACAGCUGAUCUCAGCUCUUCCUCGUUGACAGACUGUUUCUGAGCGUCUGCUGAUGUGCUGUGGCGUCGUCAGUUUGUGUCAGACGGCCGACGAGCUGCAGAUUAUUUGUGCCCGACACACAGACUGACUGACAGAGUAACCUCCCCUGUCAGCCAUACCUUCAUGCCCUUCACUCACUCACAACAGCCCUGUUUUUAUUGGGGUUUUUUUUUACCCAGCAGGCACUGGGAGCUGAACAUCACUCACUUUUCAGUCUCUCUGUGGAAAUCACUAGCAAAGUUGUAAAUUUGACAUUUGAAUUUGAAUCUAAGUUCCAUGUGAAUGCUCCUAAGACAACUCUCGUUUUAUUUAAUGUAAUUAUUUUUUUUCCAAGGCUGCAGUAGACUAUGACCUCACUUGUGAUCUCCGCUGUGAUUGGCUGAAAAAUAGAGACGUGCAGCGGUAACAGAAAGGGCUCUUGGCGAUUUCUAAAGUCUGUAACUCCCACAUGAGACAUGUUAGAGAAGCUUCACUGAGACGCCCACUCUGCCUAACACCCAUUCAAUGACCUCCUUACACACACACACACACACACACACACACACACACACACACACACACACACACACACACACACACACACACACACACACACACACACACACAUUGUUUUGUAAAAUAAAUGAAUAAAAUAAUAUAUUCAGAUACCUAUAUAGCAUUUAAGAAAAACAUGUAUAGAAUCCUUGAAUAGUGGCUCACUUAAUUAGUCACCAAAAAGUUUUUUUUUUUUGGUUUCUUUGUUUUCUUUUAUUAAUUGCAGAAAAAAAACUAUAUUUUGCGACCUGUUGAAGAUAACAGGUGUGUGGAUUUUUUUUUUAAAUAGCGACGCAGGGUGUCCUGUUUUGAUGCUGCAGUGGUUUUCCCUUUUAAAUGCGAUCUUUAUUUUGAUUUAAUUUAUUAAAGUUUUGUUGCCGAAUUGCUGUUUAAAAUCCAGACAAUUCAAACGCCACAGGGUAAUCAGUGUUUUAUUGAGAUGAGGGAUGAGAGAUGGUUGUGAUCUGUGGCUACGACGGCACAUUUCAUUUAUGUUUUAAAUCAGACAACUGCAGAAAGGUUUGUGGCCUGUAACCUUUUCCAUAUUAGGAGGGGAAGGGGGUGAAGUCAGAGGUGUCAUCCAGCAUCAUGUGACCUCUGACGAUCACAUGUCAGAAUGAAAAUGAAAUGAGUGUGUCUGUAGCCAAUGAGACGUCUAUGCACUGAGAGAACGGUGGUCCAAAACAAGCAGCCUGAACCCAAAAUACCCCCCCCCCCUCUCUCACACACACAAACAUUACUCCAUAGAAACUCAUCUACAAACACUACCUCUACUUUGUACACACAUUUGUUCAUGCACACACACACAUUCACACUGAGCUUCUAGAAGCUGAGUGACUUUCCAGAUUUACAUCAUUGAGAAUCGCCUUUGUUGUUGUUGUUGUUGUUGUUGUUAUCAUUUCAUUUUUUUUCACCCCCCCUUAGUCAGCUGGACAAUUAAAGGCACAGCACACAAUCACAGACUUUCAUUUCAAUGAUGAUCUUAUUGCUGAGACUGCCAAUCUUUUAAUCUUUCUUCCUCAUCAUCAGCUUGUCGGGUCAGCAGAACCGCCCACCUGUGCUUCAUUUAGCAGUUUUGACUAUCAGAGGAAAUGCAUAAAGUGUGUUACUAUUGAAUCAUACAACAGCUGUACCACUGAUCCUUUGUCCCUGAUCUCCUGUUGGAUUGAAAUGUGCUGGUAGAAUCAGCUGAUGAUGGAAGUGUUCAUUGGAUGUCUAAAGGUGGUCAGAACAACAACAGGCUUGAAGUGUUUGUUUUGCUCACUGUCCUCCUGUGGAAGUGGUGAACGUGUUCAGUUCAAAGCUUGACCUUCAGUCUUUUAAACGGAAUGGACAAUAUGAAUUAGUUUGCCCCUUAUAGGUGAGACCUGCUGCCAUUUCUGUAAAUGUAAUAUUUACAGAAAUUUACAGAAAUAAAUACUUUAAUACGGUACUACUGCAUUAAAUGUGCAGUAAAUAAAAAAUGUGGUUCAACCCAGACCAGACCCUUUAAUCCAUGUUUUUUUGUCAUCUGCUGAAAUUUAUAUAAACUGAUCUCCAACCAGAAUAUUUACAUUAUAUCUAACGUUUAUAAUGGUAAAGUAAAGCUGGCUUGUUGUCGAGAUCAGUGCUCCUACUAACAGAUGAUUUAUUCCAAGGCUUCACGCUCCUCCCAAACUAAGUGUCUUUGUUGUAAGCGUUGACAAAAUGUUUUAUUUGCCAACGCUUCAUGAUCUCUUAAAUAUAGACUAUCAAAUGGUAACAAAACGUGUCUAUAAUAUGCGUAAUGUCCCUUGAAUACCAAAAGCUUUCUCACUCUCCCUGUAAACACAUCGACAGGCGGCAGCAUGAAUCCUUGCUCUGUCUUUUCACCACCAUCACAGGCAUGUGGGGCACCAAGCUUGUCUUGUUCAACAACCCAUGAAUGUGAAUUGUCUAAAAAAAAAAAAAACUGGCUAUUUUUUGCACAUGUCAUUAAAGAGACACUGCCACAGAGUGCAUCAAAAUAAAGCUGAAAUUGAAAGUGUGCUUUGCUUUUCAGUAUUGUGACAAGCGUUAUGGUUGGUGGUUGUAUGUGCGUGGGAGGGUCGGGUAUCGUGGUAAACAGGUCAUCGAACACGUCGCCAGAUCCCUUUAAUGUGCUUUUUUUUUUUUUCCUGCCAAGGAUUCCUCUUGGUCUGCAAAUGUUGUAUUUCUCUUCAGUCACGCUGACAUCCUCCAUCAGAGGAUCACUGCAACAGCCGCGUGAUCACUCGACGUGUGUGUGUGUGUGUGUGUGUGUGUGUGUGUGUGUGUGUGUGCGUGUGCGUGUGUGUGUCUCUUUUUAGUGGAGACUGGUGCCAAGCAGUUUUAUUACGGGUCUCUCACGAAGGGAUCACUCGUGUUUUUGUUUGAUUUUCCUCCUUUUUUCCCCCUCCCCCUUUCUGUUUGAUAAGCACUUUGAACCUUCUCAUGUCUGUCAGAGGAGUGUGUAGCUGUACAUAGCAAUUUCCUGUAACAAGUGCUCCUUGUUCAGUCUGAAUAUUUUGUUUUGUCGGAUUUACUUUAAAGAGCAUUACAUUGUUGUAGAAUUAAAGGAAAAAUAAACUAGA